AUGCCGCUCUGUCUCACCUUCAUAGACUUGAAGAAGCCCUUUGACUCAGUUGAAACGGAAGCGGUCGUGGAAGCCUUGGACAACCAAGGCGUCCCUACUCAGUACAUAAAGGUUGAUGGUCCGCAGCUACACCAUUUGCGCUUUCCUGAUGACAUCAUACGGAUAACACCUAGCAUCAGCCAAGCGGAACGAAUGCUGACCGAAUUCGACGAAACAUGUGGAUGCUUCGGUCUUCAGCUGAAUCUAGACAAGACGAUGUUCAUGCGGAACGGAUGGGUCUCGAAUGCGGAUAGCGCACUACAGGAAGACCGCCGACCCGAUGGUCAGAUUUCUUCUCGAUGUCCUUCAAAGAAAAAUAUGAUGCUCACCGUGUCCCACGCGAAAGAAGGAACCACUGGGCUACUCUGGCACGCGAUCGGGACAAAUGGAAGAAUUAUUGGCGCCCGCUCGACCAGUUCGAAGAUCAACGGGAGUCAAGAUGCCGCGUGA